GUUGGUAACAGAAUUGACAAUUUUCUCAUAAACUUCUUAUUAGGUGCUUAGGUGACAGUUGUCAAAACUUUAAUCGGAAUAAGUUGUAAAACAUUAAAAAUGGCUUAUAUAGUUGAACCAGAAGUUGUAAAAUACGCUUGUACAUGCGGUCUUUUAAAACCGAUUUCAAAAUUAUACUUUUGUAGACAUUGUUUGGAGGUUAGGUGCGGUUAUUGUUUGUGUCAUGAGGUCGAUUGUCAUUUCUGCGAUAAAUGCCUCGAAAUAAUGACCUCAACUGAGGCUAGGAUCCGAAAAAAUCGUUGUGGAACUUGUUUAUUAUGUCCAAGUUGCACUUUGCAUUUAACUGUUCGUGCAGUGGUCGUUCCAGGGGAUAAUCCGAAAUCCACACCGAAAAAAUCGCUUUAUUUAUCUUGUUUAACAUGUCGGUGGAGUUCUAGAGAUGUGGGGAUCCCCGAUCAACCAAUAAGCACUCGUGAUUGGCCUGAAAGAGAAAACGUCCAUUCGGUUCGUUUGGUUAAGAUUCUUGAGUAUUAUAGGGGUGUUGUUCAAAAGGAGCAGCAACAAAAACUUGAAAAAGAUAAGAAGAAACCACCAAGGUUUAUGUCUUAUACGGAUCGGACUGGAAUUACAGCUGCAAUGAUGAGAAAGCAUUUAGGAAUUCCUGAUCCUAAUGUUGGUAUUAAAAAGAAAAGUGAAGAAGAAAUGAUUGGAGCUACUCCUAAAGAGGUUAUUGAGGAUUAUCCUGAACAUUUAUUUACUGAAGAGAUUGAUUUAACUAAACUUACAUCAAUUAAACAAUGUUUACUUCAACCUGAGUCUCAACCAAGCACUGUUGAUAAACUAUUUCCAGUUCAUAAACAUUGUUCUGUGAAGCAAUCAUUAAGAUGUCGAUCUUGUGAACAUAAUGUUAGUAAACCAGAGUUUAAUCCAACUUCUGUUCGAUUUAAAAUUCAAUUAUUUGCAUAUUAUCAUAUUCCAGAAGUUAGAAUCGUUACAGUUGAGCCAUUAAGAGCAGGAAAACCAUGCGAAUUAUUCUUAAAAUUUAUUAAUCCAACUCAACAUCAAACCACUAUAAGUAUUCUUCCACUAUCAGCAAUGGAAAUUAAAAGUCCCGAAAAUAACAGCAACUUGGUGAUGGUUAAAACUGAAGAAAAGGAACCAAUUUCUCUUCCAUCAAGUCAACCAAGUAGUAUAAUUCAAUCAUCAUUAUCAAGGCAACCAUCAAUAACAAUAAAAUCACGUCCGGUUGAUUCAAAAAUUGGUGGUGAUUUAGAAAUUCCAUCACAAUCAUUUAUUUUACCACCAAGGGAUGAUGCAGCUGAGUAUGAUGAUUCGGGAGAAAAUUAUAAUUUUCAAGAUGAUCCAAAGUUGGUUAUUAGAAGAAAAUCUAAUAAAGCUGUUAUUAAACUAAUAAUUACCCCAAGUAAUGAAUUAAAACUGGGGGAAGAAGUAAUAAUUGGAUUUGUUAUGCAACAUGUUUACACCAACACAAUUCCCAUUGAGAAAGUUAAGGAACCUCAAAAAUGUGAACAUAAAAUUAGUGUUUAUUUAUCAUUGGGGAAUUUAGUUGGAUCCCAAUAAUUUUUUUUUUAAUUUCAGCUAAUAAUGGUAGCUUGUGCUUAUUUAUUUUUUAUAUAGCUUUUUUGUACUGAUGCUUAUUUAGAAAUGUAUCAAUAUUGUAUUAAAAUUUAUUAAAACAGAUUAAAAGGAAAUUAUGUUGCGCA